UUUUCGUUUCAGUUCAAAAUUGUUCCUUCAUCAUUUCAUUUCAAUUCUGUAACGUAUUGGUUUUGCUAAGUUAUAAGUUACAAUCUUGUGUCACAUAGAUAUGUAUCCACAUCCAGCGGCUAGGGCGCCUAAUCACGGGUAUUAUUACCCACAACCACAGUAUCCAUAUCAUCAUCAACCAAAUGUUAUUUAUGACGAGGAUUAUAAUAUUGUGGAAAGAAAUCCAUAUCCAUUUGAUGGUCCAUAUUUUGAUAGAAGAAUGGUGGAACCUAGUCAUCCUAUGAGAGCUGGUCAAAUUGGAUAUGAUCGUCAUGGAAGAUUAAGGCCUUAUCCCUUUUAUGAUUCAAGGUAUUCUUUUCAUGGAAGAGUUGAUCCUUACACUAGCUAUCAAGCUUACUAUGAGACACCACUAUUGGCAUUCCCUCAACCACCACCACCAGCAUCGGUUCACCCAUUUUGGACUCCAAGUUCGUGCACUAUUAUGUGACCUAGUUAAUUAGUUUUCUAGGGUUUUUAAUAAUUUAGAUGCUCCCCGUAAUUUUUUUGGGUUUAGAAGCAUUUUUAGUUUCUUUGAGUUAUAUUAACCUCUAUUAUCAAAAGAGGAUUAUAAGAUAUGCAAUUUGGUUUUUUUGGCUUGUUUCUCUUUUUAGCUUUUGUUUCUGUUUCCAUGUUUCAAUUCCUGGUUUUUUAUUGUAUUUGGGUUGGAGUGCCUUUGAACUCAAUUUUCUAUAUAUUAUUAACUUCA